UUCUGUCUCUUCAGCUUCUUUAUUUCCUGUUCUUACCUGCAAACACUGUUUUGUGGUGCCUGAAAACUUAGCUCUACUUCUCAGACAAACAUACAGAUCAAGCCGUCAACUUGUACUUGUACUUGUUCUAAACCUUUCCUUAAUUAUAAUUACUUUCUUUUAAUUGUCUAUUUCUUCAGAUUGCUUUUUUCUAUAAUUUUCCCUUAUCAAUUCUCUCUCGUUUUAUUAGAUCUGUUUCAUACUCAGUAUCAAUAAAUUUCGUUUUAAAAAAAAAAAAUUAGCUCUGUUCUCAACUUCUCUUAAUAGUAUUACUGGUAGUGAUCUGUUUGCUUCAAGCUAGACUACAUUCAUUGAGGGUUUGCUCUAAAAAACUUUUGACUUUGAUAGUUGUUUGUUGUGUGUCUCUCUUUUUUCCCAGUUUGUUUAUUAAGCUUUUCUCUUAAAUGUUUGCUCAAUUAUUUUGUUAUAUAAUAUUGUCCACUUCUUUUUCUUUCAUUUCCCUUGCCUGCUAAUUACCCUUUAAUUGUAGCUUUACUUGAAAAGAUUUAAAAAAAAAAAAAAAACAGAGAGAGUGUGUGUGUGUGUGUGUCUGUACAAGUAUUUAUCGGCCAUGGCUGAGGAAAUAGUAGCGAGUGCUGCCGCGGAACUUGCAUCAAAAACUACAGAGUCGGCCUAUGAUUUGCUUAAACAGCAGAUAUCAUAUGUGUUCAAGUACCAGAGCUACAUCAACAACCUCAAGAUUCAAGUUGAGGACCUCAGAAUGAAAAGAGAAACAGUGGAGAAACCUGUAGAGUCGGCUGAAAGACAGGGGGAAGAGAUUUAUAAUGCUGUUAAGAAAUGGCUGAGUGAUGUAGACGAUUUCACUGAAAGGGUAGCAAAAGCCAUCAUUGAGGAUGAAGAUAAAGCAAAUAAGGGCGGCUGUUUCAAAUUGGGGUCAUGUCCUAAUUUGAUUCAACGUUACAAGCUUGGAAAGGAAGCAGUGAAAGCGGCAGUGACUGGGGCCAAUCUGUCGGGGAAAGGCAACUUCAAUAGUGUUUCCUACCGUCCUGCUCUACAGAGGACAGAAUCCAUGUAUGUCAGAGGCUACGAGGCCUUUGAUUCUAGAGAGCAAGUUUUUCAAGAAAUUAUGGACACAUUGAAGGAUGGUAAUGUUAACAUGAUUGGGGUGCAUGGGAUGGGAGGUGUGGGCAAAACUACACUGGUCAAAAAAGUAGCUUGGCAGGUGAAGGAAGACAAAUUAUUUCAUGAGGUGGCCAUUGCUGAGGUAACACACACCCCAGACUACAAAAAAAUUCAAGAGCAGCUUGCUUCCGAAUUAGGCUUGGAAUUUAAGCAGGAGAGUGAAUAUCCGAGAGCUAGUCAACUACGUUCCAGGAUAAAGAAGGAGAAGAGUUUACUGAUAAUACUGGAUAAUAUUUGGACAAAACUUGACUUGGAUGCAAUUGGAAUUCCUUCUGGGCCAUGCACAAUAUUGCUAACUUCUAGAAAGCGGGAUGUAUUAAGCAAAGAUAUGGAGACUCAGAAGAACAUCCUUGUUGAUACUUUAUCUGACGAUGAUGCAUGGAAUUUGUUUCGGAAGAUUGUGGGCGAUUCUGCAGAAAGCUCUGAUUUUCAUCUUCUAGCAGUUGAGUUUGUUAAAAAAUGUUCGGGUUUACCGCUCGCAAUCUCAACAAUUGCAAAUACAUUAAAAAAUGAGAGUCUUCACUUUUGGAAGGAUGCCUUGGCUCAACUUAAAAGGUCUAAUCCAAGACAUAUUCAAGAUAUGGAAGAAAGUCUGUGUUCUACUAUUGAGCUGAGUUACAAAUUUCUGAAAAAUGAGGAAGCUAAAUCGCUAUUUCUUCUUUUUGCUCUAAUAGAGGCUGGUGACACCUUUUCCAUUGGUGACCUAUUAAAGUAUGGUAUGGGUUUGAAUUUGUUUGGGGGUGUUUAUACAUUAGAAGAAGGAAGGAAUAGAUUGCACUGGUUGAUUGAUCGUCUCAAAGCUUCUUGUUUGUUGUUGGAUGGUGACAAUGACCAUACAAUUAAAAUGCAUGAUAUUAUUUAUCUUGUUGCUGUAUCGAUUGCAUCAACAGAGAAAUUCAUGUUUAAUAUUCAAAAUGUCACCAGCUUGAAAGAAGAACUUAGGGAGAAUAUAUCAAAAGAUUCAACUGCUAUUUCUCUUCCCUGUAUAGAUAUUUAUGACGGGCUUCCUCAACGGUUAGAAUUUCCAAAACUGAAGCUGUUCUUCCAGUUUACGAACAAUCCCUCACUACAAAUCCCCAAUGAUUUUUUCGAAGAAACGAAAGAACUCAGAGUUUUAGAUCUUACUGGAUUUCAUUUCUUUUCAUUACCUUCAUCCCUUUCUUGCCUCAAAAAUCUUAAAACAUUGUGUUUGGACAACUGCCUUUUGAAGGAUUUAAGAAUUUUGGGGGAGCUAAGUAAAUUAGAAAUUCUUAGCUUCAUCAACUCUGAUAUUGAUCAAUUACCUGUAGAAAUCGGACAAUUGACUCAAUUGAAGUUAUUAGAUUUGCGUAAUUGUUUAAACCUUAAAUACAUUGCACCAAAUGUCAUCUCCUGCUUGUCUCAAUUAGAAGAACUAUAUAUGGGCAAUAGCUUCGUUCAAUGGGAAGUUGAAGGAGUGGAUAAUCAAGGACUAAGAAAUGCUAGUCUUGAAGAGUUAAAGCAGUUGUCUAACCUAACAACUUUACAUCUUCAUGUUCAGGAUGCUCGAGCUAUGCCACAAGACUUGUUCUUCAAGAAAUUGAAAAGUUAUGAAAUAUAUAUAGGAGAUAAAUGGAAGUGGUCUGGUAAAUAUGGCCAUUCAACUUCAAAAACAUUCAAACUGAAGAUAAGUGAUAAUAGUUAUUUGAGACAGGGAAUUAAAAGUUUGUUGAAGAUGAGUGAAGAGCUCUUUCUUGAGGAAAUGAAUGGGGUUAGAUAUGUUCUUUGUGAAAUCAAUGUGGAUGGUUUUCUACAUUUAAGGCAUUUGCAUGUAAAGGACUGUCUUGAUAUUAUGUAUAUCAUUAACUCAGUUGCUUGGAACUUAGCCUUUCCAAAGUUGGAGACUUUGAUCCUUUGUAAUUUGAUUAAAUUGGAGAAAAUAUGUCAUGGUCAACUCAAUGCAGGAUCUUUUAGCAUAUUAAGGAUCAUAGCAAUAGAAAAUUGUGAUAGAUUGGAGUAUCUCUUUGAAUUUUCCAUUGUAAAAAACCUUAUGCAGCUACAAAAAGUUAAAGCAACUGAUUGUAAGAAGCUAAAAGAGAUUUUUGCUGAAGAAAGUAAUGAAAUAAAUAAUGAGAUUAAGCUAAAUCAAUUGAGCUUUCUGACACUACAACACCUACCCGAAUUCAUAAAUAUUAGCUCUGGCGUGAGUGUUGUCCUUCCAAGAUUAGAGAACUUGAAAUUAUGUUCAAGUAAUUUUGGGAACACACAGCUUGAUCGAUGCCUAGCAAUGUCUUCCUAUGGUGAAUGCUUAAAAACCUUGAUCGUGGAGGAUUGCAAUGGCUUGAAAUUUUUGUUUUUAUCCUCUAUGGUCAAAAAUCUUAAUCAACUUCAAGAGCUUGUGGUAAGCAAUUGUAAGUCAAUGGAACUAGUAAUUGCCACAAAAGGAGUAGGAGAAGAGAAUUUAAUUGAAUUCCCCUCCUUAAAAAAACUUCACAUUGAGAGUUGCUCUAAUUUGAAGACAUUCUAUAACAAAUCUUUUUAUCUAGACACAAUGAGUGAAGAAGUGAAAUCGGAUAACUACUUUAUCGAUAUAAUUCCGCUCUUCGAUGAAAAGGUUGCUUUUCCAAGCUUGGAGGAGAUGGUGCUCUUACACUUGAAUAACUUGCAACUGAUAUGGCACAACAAAAAACUCCAUGGGGAAUCCUUUAAGAAACUAAAAGUAGUGAAAGUUCGAUCCUGUGAAAACUUAUUGACUAUUGUUCCAUCUAAUACUCAAGGAAAUCUGACCUUUUGCUAUUUAGAGACAUUGGCUGUUCAGGAUUGUCCGAGUAUGAAAAGUCUCUUUCCAGUUUCUACUUCUACUAGUCUUGUGCAACUUAAAACGCUAAAUAUAAUAUAUUGCAACCUGGAGGAAAUUAUUUCUGAGGAGGAAGUUAAUGGGGCCCCUACUUUUUCGUUUCCACAAUUGGAAGAAAUCUACCUUCACUCUUUACCAAAACUCAAGUGUUUCUAUAAGCGGUCGCAUGCAAUAGACUGGCCAAUGCUAAGAAGUUUGUAUGUGUUUGAUUGCAGGAAGAUAAAGUUAUAUGCGUCAAAAUUUCCUAGCUUCCAAGACAGAGACAGGGAGAGUCAACCUGCCCUUUUUUUGUUAGAAAAGGUCAUACCAAAAUUGGAAAUGUUUGGUUUAGACGCUCAUGACUUUAGAUUGACAUUCCUCUACAAUGAUCUAGCUGAGAGCUUUGGCAAACUUAAAAUACUUCAGCUUUGGAACUUUGAUGAUGAAUAUGUUGCUUCUGUGUUUUUCUUCCUUCAAAGGUUAAAUUGUUUAGAAACACUUUAUUUUGUUGAUAAUAGUUUCAAAGAGCUAUUGCCCUAUGAAAAGGGACAUAUAUGGAAACAAGAUUUUCGAGGGGACACAUCUCAUCAAAAUCUUCAGACUCUGCAAGUAUCAAGGUGUCAUUGUUUGACAAUUUUAAUGCCUUAUGCAACAUCUUUCAAUAAUCUUGCAACUCUAAAGGCAAGCAAUUGUGAUGGAUUAGCCAAAGUCCUAUCAUGUGAAGCAGCCAAAACACUUGUCAAUCUAAAAACACUGAUAAUAAGAGAUUGCAAGUCAGUGAUAGAGGUAAUAGCUAAUGAGGGAGGCAAAGAAGAAGAGAUUAUUUUCGGCAAAUUGAAAUUUUUAAAGCUUUGUUGUUUAUCAAGCCUCACAUGCUUUUGCUCAGCCAAUUAUUCCUUCAAAUUCCCUUGUUUGAAGCUAGUUGUUGUGUAUCAAUGCCCAAGAUUGAAUAUUUUUUCUCGAGGACUGUUAAACACACCAUUGCUAAAUAAAGUACAAUGGACUAAAGAUGAUGAUGAGGAAGAACACCUUUGGAAGGAUGAUCUCAAUUCUACCAUCCAACAAAUUUUUAUAGAUAUGGUUGGCUUCCGUGACUCUGAACAUUUGACAGUUUGAAUUUCCCAAAAUAAAAGAAAAAAUAUGGAAUGAUCAGUUACCAAUCGAUAUAUU